UCCUCGGGUAAACCGGAGGGAAAACUUGCCAGGGAAUGUGCUGCCGUUCUCAGCUUUGUCUCACGGAGCGUGUGACAGACGUGUCAGCCCUGAGCGUGUUGGGAAUUGCACACACGUCCACGCGCUGGUGCUUUCCCUUCGGGUCCGGAUGGCAGGAGAAGGGAAUGCAAAUGAUGCCGGAAGGGAUGCAAGCGGGGGAAAAACAUCAUCUUGGGAAGUACAACCUUGGUCCAGCAAGACAAUUAGGCACAUCCCUCAGCCUGUGCUGCUGAGCCCCACUCCGGUGAAAUGUGAUGUGUCACUGAGUUGAUGAACUCUCCCCCUUAGAUUCUCUACAAGAAUCUGGAAGCAUCCACGGAUCCAAGUUGGAUCUCUGUGGGAUCAGCCGCCUUCCCCACAGCUCAGAAUCACACCCUACAUCCCACAGACUUGUACCUAUUCCUAGAGGAUUUCCUGGCGCUUUGCCGGGCUGGUUGACAUGGCAAGUAGUUUUGCAGACAAGACCUACGAGUGGAGCUCUGAGGAGGAGGAAUCCGUGAGGAAGGCAGGACCAGUGCAGGUGCUCAUUGUCAAGGAUGACCAUUCCUUUGAGCUGGAUGAGGCCGCCCUGAACCGCAUCCUGCUCUCCGAGGCUGUCAGGGACAAAGAGGUCGUGGCUGUGUCCGUCGCCGGAGCCUUCAGGAAAGGGAAAUCAUUCCUGAUGGACUUCAUGCUGCGGUACAUGUACAACAAGGAUGCUGUGGACUGGGUUGGAGAUUACAAUGAGCCCCUGACUGGUUUCUCCUGGAGAGGAGGAUCUGAGCGGGAGACCACCGGAAUUCAGAUAUGGAGCGAGGUUUUCCUGGUGGACAAGCCUGAUGGGACAAAGGUCGCGGUGCUGCUGAUGGACACGCAGGGGACCUUUGACAGCCAGUCCACCCUGAGGGACUCGGCCACCGUGUUUGCCCUCAGCACAAUGAUCAGCUCCAUCCAGGUUUAUAACUUGUCCCAGAACGUGCAGGAGGAUGAUCUGCAGCACUUGCAGCUUUUCACCGAGUAUGGCCGGCUGGCCAUGGAGGAGACAUUCCAGAAGCCUUUCCAGUCCCUUAUAUUCCUGGUUCGUGACUGGAGCUUCCCUUAUGAAUUUUCCUACGGAUCUGAUGGUGGUGCAAGAUUUUUGGAGAAGCGGCUGAAGGUGUCAGGAAAUCAGCACGAGGAGCUGCAGAACGUCAGGAAGCACAUCCAUUCCUGCUUCACCAAAAUCUCCUGCUUCCUCUUACCUCAUCCGGGCCUCAAAGUCGCCACCAACCCGAAUUUCGAUGGGAAGCUGAAAGAAAUAGACGACGAGUUCAUCAAGAACUUGAAGAUUUUGAUUCCUUGGCUUCUUAGUCCUGAGAGCCUGGAUGUUAAGGAGAUCAAUGGAAACCAUAUCACCUGUCGAGGCCUUGUGGAGUAUUUUAAGGCAUACAUAAAGAUCUACCAAGGGGAAGAGUUGCCACACCCCAAGUCGAUGCUGCAGGCCACAGCAGAAGCCAACAAUUUAGCAGCAGUUGCCACUGCCAAAGACACCUACAGCAAGAGGAUGGAGGAGGUCUGCGGGGGGGACAAGCCCUUCCUGGCGCCCAGCGACCUGCAGAGCAAACACGCGGAGCUGCGGGAGGAGGCGGUGCGGCUGUUCCGGGGCGUGAAGAAGAUGGGAGGGGAGGAGUUCAGCCGGCGGUACCUGCAGCAGCUGGAGGGGGAGAUCGACGAGCUCUACAUCCAGUACAUCAAGCACAACGACAGCAAGAACAUCUUCCACGCCGCCCGCACCCCGGCCACGCUCUUCGUCGUCAUCUUCAUCACCUACGUCAUCGCCGGCGUCACCGGCUUCGUGGGCCUGGACAUCAUUGCCAGUCUGUGCAACAUGAUCAUGGGCUUGACACUUAUCACACUCUGUACCUGGGCUUAUAUCAGAUACUCUGGGGAGUACAGAGAACUGGGAGCAGUAAUAGACCAAGUGGCCGCAGCCUUGUGGGACCAGGGAAGCACGAAUGAGGCCUUGUACAAACUGUACAGCGCGGCCGCCACCCACAGACACCUGUACCACCACGCCUUCCCCGCCCCGCGCUCCGAGCCCGACGGCCCCGACAGGAAGAAGGUGUAAAAUCCCAGCACGUCCCCGCCGAUGCAUGAUGGAGGUGGUGCCGCCGCCGCCGUCUCCUCCUCGGAUCCAAGCCCCUCACCCUCGUUGUCCACCCCAGACGCCGCCAGGAGCGGGGAGCGCCGGUGCCGCUCGGGUGCCGCUCGGUGCCAGCACGGCGGUGUCCGUCCGUCUGUCCGUCCGGCGCGGCCGCAGCCGAGCGCUUUGGUCUGUCCCAGCCAGCGACUCCCAGCUCAUCUUCAAAGCCUUAUUUCCCCCCUUUCUUAAUUAGUUCCCACUGAGGGAAACAGUCAUUUACGUGAUACUGCAACUAAAAGAGGCCGAAGCUUAUCCAAAAGCCAAUUUAUUUCAGGUACUUGAAAGAGUUAUAACAUGUAACCACUUUUUUUUUUCUCCUUCAAUUAACUAGUUAAUGACAUAAACAUAAUUAAAGGUGUAUUAACUUGCUUUAUCAGACACUGUAAGGGCACUUCUGCUGUGGAAUGUUAACGAUGUGUGGGGAACGGGGCCGUUUCUGUUUGUCUGCACAAAGUGUCACUUUGUAGCUGUGUUGGAGGAAGUUUCACUGUAUUUCUGUACAUAUUUAUCCAUGAUAGUGCAUAGGACGUGUCGUACAGUUCUAUUCUUUUAUUGUCAGGACUAUUAAAGUUUGCUUUUGGUUCCUAAGAA